AGCCAAGAUGGCGUGGUCAUGGCGACCACCUGUCUGGCCAAGCACGUCUAACUCUGGAAAGGCUAAAGUAUUCGUGAUAGGAGAUUCGCUGACAAAAUAUUUAGAGGCCAACAUUGAGAGUCCAUUGGUGGAUGUAGAUGUUUACACGCAACGUGGUGGAACAAUUUCCAGUAUACACAAGAGCCUACGUCAUUCAGAGUUCAGGAUUCCAGAAGCCCCAGACAUUGUCCUUAUUCACGUCGGAACCAACAAUCUUCAGUAUGGGUUUCUUCAUAGUAACAUUGAAGAAUUCAAGUUGCUUCUCGCAACAUUACGUGAGGUGUUCCCCUUGACAAAAAUUGUUGUCAGUGCCAUCUUACCCCGGCAUGACAGUGAGGCACUAGACACAUCUAGAAUGCAUCACAAUGUUGCAAUUGGCAUCUUGUGUGCCAAAGUUGGUUGCAACUUUGUUGAUUUUGGCAAUGAGUUCAGUAGGUGGGCAUACGCCUGGGAUGGUCUGCAUCUCAACUGGGAUGGCAAUGCUUUGUUCGGAGAGGCGGUACAGAGAUACCUCCAGAAAAUGCUAGAGGUUAAACUUAAGCGACUCCCCUUUGUCCCACGUGAACUAAAGAAAUUAGUUCGUCAGCACACAAGGAAGAAGAAGGGUUCUUCACAAUCGCCAUCCCCAACAAAGUCAGCAUCUCCACCGUCCCCAUCUACUGCCACGACAUGUGCUAUGCAAACUCCUGCCCAACAGCCAAGCAACUCAACUUCCUUGCCAAGUCUAUCAUCACUGACUCCUGCCAGUCCAACUCUUGCCUCGCCACCUACCCCUUUGCCAAAUACCGCCGCUGCUGGUGCUAAGAAAACUCCCAACCCACAAGCCCCCCCUUCGCCAACUCCUGCCAUGCCAAGCCUUGUCUCACCUUCUAGUUCUAUUCUACCACCUCCAGCCUCACCAUCCAAUACCAAGAAGUCAGUCUCAUCUUCCAGGCCUUCCUCACGAUCGUAUGGCAAAGGAAGAAAGCUGACCCCAUCAUUGGCUACUGUCAGGAAGAAGCUGAGGCGCUGUAUUGUACACAUUUUUGACGACGAUGGAUUUUGCCUACUAGGAUUGUUUCCACCUAAACAGGUCAAUUGCUAUGUCAAACCAUUGGCAGCAAUGGCAACUUUGCCAUACGAGAUCAGGGAGGGGAAGUCUACAAGCGUAGGAGCAACCCUUGAAGUGCCGAAAGCUGACUCUCCGUAUGUUUCUAGCCGGAAGAGAGGCAAACAAAGGCGUCGAGCAACAAGGAGAAUCAAAAAGAGAAGACGGCGACGAAAGUUCAAGGAGACGUAUGAGUGCCAUGUAUCUUCUCAGCAGUCCCGGCAAUCAUCGAUGCAUUCCCAAGCAAGCCCAAGUACCUCUACGUCUAGUCAGCCCAUGCUGUUGCAGGGUGAAGACAGCAGUGAUGAAGAGUUUGUAGACAAUGACGUUUCUGUGCCUUCUAAUGAUAUCGGUGAUCUAACCGACAGUUUCUUCUCUGAAGACAGUAUGUCAGAAGAUGAGCUUUGA